AGAGAUAAUUAAACAUCAAACAAUAAAGUGAAGUAUUAAUUUCCAAGCAAUGUCAUCACAAAAAUCAAAUCAUCACCAAUAAUAUCUCGUAUCUUUACCACGCCGACGAUCUAUUUCCAUAGAUUUGCGUGCAAUCGAAUCGCCGCCGGUCACUUAUAUAUACAAACCUCAACUCUCACACACUCACAUACACUCUGUCUGUGUAUAUGUGCUAAGGCGAUGAAGUUUUUAAAGAAGAUCGCAGGGCUACUAGGGUUAUCAAAAGACGAAUCGCACGAAUCGAAAGAUGAACAAGUCAAUGAUGCUCAUAGAGUAGUGUUGGAUGAGCAUCAGACUCAGCAUCUUCCUCGUAAAGGGUUUAGUGUGGCGGUUCAAGUGCCGGUUGAGAGAGCGCAGGCCGGUCCGGUUCUGCUUCCGACUAAUGGUCGUGAUGGCGGUGUUCAGGGGUUUCAAUGGUAUGCUAGGAGGCUUAGGAUUGAUGAUGAAGGAGAUGUUGCUGAUGAAUUUUUGGACGAGGUCUUGCCUGAGGUGAAAACAGUGUCUAUGACAGAAGACAAUAAGCACAGAUCUGUACCAACAUUUGAAGUGAAGUCCAGCACGGUGCCGGCUAAAGUGAGAAGUCAAGUGCUAACUGAAGGUAGAAUCCAGCAUAGAGUUGAACACCAAGGCAGAUUAAUGUGGGUCUAAUCUCGAUAAUGAGUGGUCGAAGGAUGGAUGGAGUCAUUAACUGAAUCAGUGCUUUCUGUGCAGUCAGGGUCCUAAAUUGUCCGCGAUGGGUGUUUGUGGUUUAGUGAUAUGCUACUGUGGUAACCUCUGUGCAUUCUUAUUUCAGUCUUCUUUUUUGUUGUAUUCUCUUUGGUACUCGAGUCCAUGGAAAAUAAGGUUGUGUGAUCGUAAGUUGGCAGGUGUUUUGGCUGUUGGCUGUAGUCUCUGACCUAUUUCUUGCGUCGAUAUUGGUUAACUAGAGAUACAUAUAUACAUAUGUAAGAACAACCUUUUACUUAUUUAUAACAAAUUAUGUACCAAAUUA